AACAUUUUCUCACUUGUUACUCUCAAUCAGGACCAUCGUCACCAUCCAUCACUCCCGCAAGAGAGACCUUCUGGAUCGGCGAUGAGCCUGUUUAAACUUCAAACGAUCUAAAGCAACGAUUACAGGUUUACAGAAUUACAGUUAAUUGCUCAUCAAACGCGAGAGUUAAAUUGCUUCAUGUUCUACAGUCGAAGAAAAAAAAUUGAUUAAUCAGAACAAACGGUAUCCGAACCGCUAUAAAAGACAUUAAACGCAGCAAAAGACAAUGCAGGCGAGAACCCAACAAUGUGGCGAGGUGAGCCUAAGCCUAUCAACCACUCUCGCUUCCAUGGCCGAGAGCUGCACCUCCAUGCGAGACCUGAAACGGAUCCACGGCCGCACGAUCCGGAUGGGGUUGCACCUCCACACCCUCAUACUUGCUAAGAUGUUAAGGUUCGCUGCCGUCUCGCCUUCAGGUGACUUACACUAUGCGCUCCGCAUCUUCUCUCACAUGCCCCAACCAAAUACCUUCUUCUACAACACUCUUAUUCGAGGUUACUGUAAAAGUCCAAGCCCUUCACAUUCAAUUUCCCUGUUCAAUCAGAUGAGGCGCAAUUGUGUCGAGCCGGAUGGAUUCACCUUCACAUUCCUACUCAAAGCACGAUCCAGGAUGAAUUUGUCAUCCAUUGAAACAUCAGAUGAGCUCCAUGGGCAGGUUUUGAAGUUUGGGUUCUCUUCACAUUUGUUUGUUCAGAAUGCGUUGAUUCAUCUCUAUGCUGUUAGGGGACUACCGGGUGCCGCUCGUCGGGUGUUUGACGAGACACUGGAUCCAGAUGUAGUAUCGUGGUCAGGUCUUGUACUUGCACAUGUGAAAGCCUAUGAAUUGGAUGAUGCACGCCUAAUAUUUGAUAAGAUGCCAGAGAGAGAUGUGGUUUCCUGGACUGCAAUGAUCUCAGGUUAUACCCAAACGAAGCGUCCGAAGGAGGCGCUGGAGUUGUUUGGUAAGAUGAGGGAUGCAGGCGUGAUACCGGAUGAGGUCACCAUGGUGAGUGUAAUAUCAGCCUGCACGAGUCUGGGGGACUUGGAAGCUGGGGUGGGUAUUCACCGUUACAUUGACAAUAACGGAUUUGGGUGGAUGAUUUCACUUGGCAAUGCAUUGAUCGACUUGUAUGCCAAGUGUGGUUAUAUAGAGGGGGCACGUUGUGUGUUUCGGAAGAUGGAAAGGAAAAGUUUGAUCACUUGGAAUUCAAUGAUCUCUGCCUGUGCGAAUCAUGGGAAUGCGGAAGAAGCAAUUCAGUUGUUCUAUGAAAUGGCCUAUGGUGGGGUUCGACCUGAUGGCGUGACAUUUCUAGCCCUGUUGACUGCAUACACGCACAAGGGGUGGGUUGAAGAAGGUUGCAGUUUGUUUGAGAGCAUGCAGAGUGACUAUGGAAUCGAGGCCGGUAUAGAGCACUAUGGUUGCAUGGUUGAUAUGUUAGGCCGCGCAGGGCGGUUGGGAGAAGCAUAUAAGUUGAUCGUAAGGAUGCCAAUUCCGAGCAACGAUGUUGUUUGGGGUGCACUGCUUGGUGCUUGUAGAAUAUAUGGUGAUGUUGACAUGGGGGAGCGGAUCAUAAAGAAGCUGUUAGAGUUGAAGCCAGACGAAGGGGGCUACUACAUUCUUCUUUGUGAUAUAUAUGCUGCUGCUGGCCGUCAAGCAGAAGCUAUUGAGAUGAGGCGAAACAUGAAAGCCAGGGGAGCAAAGAAGAACCCGGGCUGCAGUUGGGUGGGGUUACAAGCCUCAGAUUAAUUACUAGUUGUUUAUAUUUACUGGGUCAGACACAUCUGAUAUCACACCCAAGUUGUUUGCUUUGCUCGUGUAGUCGUGUUCUUUCCCUCUGUAGAAUCCUGGGGCUCUGCAGUGAUACCUGGUUUCUUUGUUGCAGAACUGCAAGAGGAAUAUGGAAUUCAACUAAAUCUAUGCGCCGCUAGAAGAUUUGCAUUCUUGUCAGGCUAGUAUCCUUCUGUAUCAUACAUAAAUGGGAACCUCGUAUAUUGCCCAAAAUUUUUGCACUGGUUGAGACCCUAGCAACAUUGGUGUUGAAUUCAAUCUACACUUGCAGUUUUGCAUAUAAGUAUAUCAGGAUUCCGUUCGGAUAAAAUGGAAGCUGAUUCUGAUAAUACCACAUUCAUAUUCUUCCUAAGCUCUUGAACCAGACCAUCGUUUCCGAGAGAAGGGAAGCAAUUGCAUGGGAAAACGCGCGCUUGUCGAUUGGAUUUUUCAUGCCAACAGUUCUAACCAACCUGCAAUGCACUGUUGGAAAGAUGGUGGUGUAAAAUGUGAUAGGUACUUGACAAGACAAUGGACAGAUGAGGUGGCUCAGAAUUCAGGCUUUGUUCAGUACUCUAAUGCGAUGCUAUAGGCGCGCUGAAGAGGACACAUCUAGAAGUGCACCAGGUGGCAUCCGUGGCAAUACCAUCUGCUCAGACUAGCUAGUUAACUUGACAACAAAGAGGUGCCUUCAAUUGAUGCGAAGUGGGGGGAGAGGAAGAAGGAAUAAAACCCGAUAAGAUGAUUUCACCUGGGUCGUGGGUGCUUUCUGUCUGCAACCAUACCGGAAGGGAUGACAAGGAGUGGUACUACAGUACUACUUUCUACAUGACUAGAGUUUAAGGUAUUCAGCACUGGGCACAUGGUUGAUAUACAAAACCAAAUGGAGACAACUGAUGCACUUUGGGGCUCUUCCCUCGGUGGUUGCAAGGAUAAAUGGCUUGUGUCAGCUUGAGAACCUAACUCAAAACAGUUCCCGUGCUAAGGAUUCUAAGGUGUGAGGAUGUUGGAGGCUAUCACAUGACACGCUUUGAAGGACAUAUGGGUUAUCUGCCUUGGCACUCUGUUAGUUGUCUUCUGGAAUUUGGCCCUGCUAAUUCUAUUUCCAAAUAUUCAAGAUUUUAAGAGAGCUAUGAAGAGUGAAACUUCUUUGACCAAAUACAACAAACCAGGUCAUCAUACUGAGCAUAUCAUUGACCAGGAAUUGAUAUUUUGCUAUUUAUCAGGUUAAAUCCGUUCUUUACAAAGUUUUAUGCUGCGAAUUAAGUAACUUUGUCUUUGUCCUCCAUUAGUUUGGGUGAAAUCCUGUAAUAAGCUUUGGUUCUAGGUUAUACCUAUAGUAUAGGAGAAAAAAAAAACAAUUCUCAUUGCAUAGGUAGGAUAACUUUAGUAGAGAAUAAAUACUUCAAUUUGGCGUGGUAAUGGUUGUAUGUAUAUUAUCUACAUUAUAAUCCCACCUCUGAACUUGAGAUUCUUAAGGCUACUUUGUUUGGGGUGGAAAAUCGAA